AAAGUAGUCCCUUUUAUUUACAUUGUCAUGACAACAUAAAAAUCCAAAAUUUUCCACUAAAUUCGAAAUUUAGGAGUAAUGAGUGAAGGAAAACUUGUUGUGGCAAGGCUGCCGCCUUUAUCUGGGGCAAAAACAUUUUCACCUCGACAUGGAGGCAGAUUUGAAGGCCUUAAUGGACCAACUUACAAACUGGGAGGAAAUGUACAUGCCUUGCCUCCACCAAAAGCUCUUAGACCAUAUGUGGACACAAAAACAGGAGAGCUGGAUGCAUGGCCUGCCCAUGCUAGUGGUUACUCUGUUCCAACCACCUCUAUGAUGAUGACAAAAGAUAAAAGUCUUGUGCUCGUCAGUGAUGAACAGAUGGGAAAACCAAACAUGAUUCCAAAACCAAGAUUUCUUGAUCAGCUUGAAAAUUACCUAAAGAAAGAACUGCGUGCACUAGAUGUAACUGAAGUAGAACCAAAUGAAUUGAGAUUACAGGCUCAUAGAGAAGUAUUUGAGUACUUGAUAGAAGAUUUCAAGACAUACAAGCCUCUGUUGUCAGCAAUAAAGAAUGAAUAUGAGAUGAUGUUUGCCUUCCAAAGACAGCAGAUACGUGAACUGGAGCCGUUAAAGCAAAUGUUGGUGACAGUAUCAGAACAAUGUGAUCAGAAGAUAAUGAGUAUUAGAGAUGAAGAAAAGCAAGAAAUGAAAGACCUUAAACAAGAAAACAAAAGCUUGUACCAGAGGAUUGAAGAUUUGAAAAAUGUUGGAAAAGACUUACAAACUCAGGUAUCAAAACUUCAAGAUGAUCUAGCGAACCAGUACAAGUUGUACAGAGAUGAGCGUGAUGCCCGAAAACUACUACAGUCAGAUAUUAAUGAUCUACGAUACCAGCAAGAGGACUACCAGAUGUCACAGAAGAAAGACGAUGAAGAGGAAGAUGAUCCUGUUAUGUUGAAAAUCGCUCUCAAAAAAGCGAGAGAGGAUGAGCGUGCCGCUUCACAACGUCUCAGUGAAAUGGAAGCUAACUACGGUGAUGUCAUUCCAAGAAGAGAUUUUGAGACCCUUGAAAAGAAACAUAUUGCACUUGAGGAAAGUGUAGGUGUUAUUCAGGGUGACUUUGAUAAACUAAAACAAGAACAUGAAGCUCUGCUUGAAGUACAUAAACAAGUGGUGAAACAGAGAGACGAGUUCUACACAGAAUGUGAAACUCUAAGGAGAAGCUCUACUCCGAGACCAGACUGGGAUAAAUGUGCUGACAAUAUACGUGGAGGUAUGGCACGCUGGAAGGAGCUGUCGGAAGGUAAAGCCAGUAAUGAGCUGGUUGAUGUGUUACUGACAGAGAUGGCUUCAGGAGAGGUCGUUGAUACAGGAGGUGCUGAAUACUUUGAUGGACAGGGCACUGGACCAUCAGUUCCUAAAUACUUACAACAUGAUGGCCCUGUAAGAAACCGUCGGCUGGGUAAACGUGAUGCGUCACUUCUCAUUAAGGACAUCUGGAGAGAAAAGGGAGCUCAUGAUGCUGCUAAAGCAGACGGAGUACGAGAUAAGAUGGCCGACUUCCUGUACACAUACCUACAGCGAAGGUUUGGUCUGGAACAGAUGAUUAUUGAGUGGGGAUACAAUCUUCAUGAUGCCUGUCAAAGAUACGCCCAUGAUGAACAUAUAGGGCUUUUCCAUGGGGUGCUAACGGAAGAGAUAGAUGAGGAGGUAUACCACAAUCAGUUACAACUGAUACAGAAACUGAUGAACCAUCUUACUACUAUAGAUAUGGACAAAGGCAACCAGGGAAAACUCUCAAAGGCAGACUUCAGGGAGGGCCUAGCGUCGUACCUCAUUGGUGUGGAUGCUGAUACAUUAAAUGCCAUGAUGAGAGCUGCUGAGUCAGAGAUGGACAACAAGGAAGUGGAUGAAAUAGAAUAUAAAAAUCUUUUUAUGGAGGAUGAUGAAGGUCGAACAGGUCCAUUCCUAGAUGAGGUCAGAAAGUGGGAUAAUCAAGAGAGAAUGAAAUAUGUUGAUGAAAUAAAAGCACAGCUUGGGGAUACAAAUCCAGUUUCAGUGGACGAUUUGAAGCGGUCCAUUUUACAAGCUGAUAUAGAAAUUGAUAAUGUUAAAAUGGACAAAUACAUAACUUGGGUGUUCCGCUCAGAUAAACCAUAUGAAACCGACCCACUGGAGCAGUCAAAGGUCGUAGAAAGGUUACAGAAAGGAAAUGUGGCACGUUCUGGGAGACAGUUGUAAAAUCAUGCAGUACAGAAAUAAUGUAUUAACUUAAAUUCACUUUUGUUAUAACUAGAAUCGGACAAAAACACAGAAAACCUUUGAUAAUAAUUGCAUUUUACACAUGGACUUAAGUGCCUUUGUACAGUUGACCUUAAAUGUAAAGUCCUGUGUUUUAUUGAACUGUGAUCUUUUUGUUAAAUUGUGAUAUAUACAUGUAUGUAUUGUUUUAUCUUAACUGCCAUUUACAAUGUAUACAUUAGAUUUUAUAUUUCAAGGUUUUUAAACUAAAAAUCUUGUUAUAUGUUUCAUAUGGCAGAUUUUCACUCACUUUUACAAUAUUGUAAGCAUGAUUGAAGAAGUUAUGUUAUUAUGUUUGUGUAUGUAUGUUUUGUUUUCAAAAAUUUGUAACUGUGGCAAAAUAAACUUAAUCUCGGCAA